CCCUCUGCACCCCGCCCCCGGCCCCCCCCUUGGCCGCCGGCCCGAAUGCCCUGCAGUCCACAGUCAGCCGCCGGAGCUCUGAGGCUACUGGGAGGCUGGGAAAGGUUCUUCUAACCGGGAGCAGGGACAGCAUCCAGGACCUUGUUGUAGAACCCAGGACCUGCUAGGCUGCCUCCCCAGCCCCAAGGCAGAGUGACUUUAAGUGAGACAGAGGGUGCCCAGGAGCCACCGCCAUGGCCGUGAGGAGCAUCAAUGAGCUGCCGGAGAACAUCCUGCUGGAACUGUUCACUCACGUGCCCGCCCGCCAGCUCCUGCUGCGCUGCCGGCUGGUCUGCAGCCUCUGGCGGGACGUCAUCGACCUGGUGACUCUGUGGAAACACAAAUGCCAGCGAGAGGGCUUCAUCCCCGAGGACUGGGACCAGCCUGUGCCCGACUGGAAGACCUUUUACUUCCUGUGCAGCCUCCGGAGGAACCUUCUGCACAACCCGUGUGCGGAAGAUGGCUUUGAGUUCUGGAGCCUGGAUGUGAACGGAGGCGACGAGUGGAAGGUGGAGGACCUCUCUAAAGAGCAGAGGAAGGAAUUCCCCAAUGACCAGGUCAAGAAAUACUUCGUGACUUCUUAUUACACAUGCCUCAAGUCCCAGGUGGUGGACCUCAAGGCAGAAGGGUACUGGGAGGAGCUGAUGGACACCACACGUCCGGACAUCCAGGUGAAGGACUGGUUCGCUGCUCGGCCAGACUGCGGGUCUAAGUACCAGCUGUGCGUCCAGCUCCUGUCGUCAGCGCAUGCGCCUCUGGGGACCUUCCAGCCGGACCCAGUGACUAUCCAGAAGAAGAGCGAUGCCAAGUGGAGGGAGGUCUCCCACACCUUCUCCAACUACCCGCCUGGUGUCCGCUACAUCUGGUUUCAGCACGGCGGUGUGGACACUCACUACUGGGCGGGCUGGUACGGCCCCAGGGUCACCAACAGCAGCAUCACCAUCGGGCCUGCCCUGCUCUGAUGGCCUCGCUCUGACGCCCAUCUGGCAAAUAAAAGAAUGAAGGAGAGGAAACUGCAAGGAUGGUGGACUCUCGCUUCCGCAUUCUGGGAUCCGGAGUGGAGACCUUGGCAGACUCUGUAGCCAGUCAACUCGUACCCUCUAAUCCUGCCCGCACCUUGGCUGACUCUAACCAAACAGCUUGUGCCAGGCCCAGCUUGGAAAAGAUAAAGGCUGGGUGCUGGGAAGAAAGGUGUUCAGGCCUGGUAGGAAUCGACCUGAAACCUGAAAUCGACCUGUGCAGAGAAUAAACGUACCUCCCUGCCCUCCA